CUCCUCCAAGUCCUCGAAUCCGUCUUCUACGGCGCAAACAUAAGUGACAUCCUCACACACUUCACAUACCCAAUCCUCAACAUCAUCACCUGGCUCCCAUACGGCGUCACCCACCACACAGUUCGCCAAAGCCUUUGGCUAAUGAAAAAGUUUUCGUUUCGGAGCGGUCGCGCCGCUUCUGCCGCGGCAAAAUAG